UAGCUUUUGAUCGCUGAUUCGCUAUAAUUCGAAAUCCAAUGACGAAACUCUGUUGAAACCCUAGAUAUCUCUCUCUAGAAAGUCAGUGUCUGGUUCUCUCUCUAAAAAUUUCAAGAUUCUUGCAUUUUUCGAUUCGUUAAUGGCUCUUGAGUCAACUCCACAGACGGCCUCACUCGCUCCUGGUUUCCGGUUCCACCCGACCGACGAUGAACUCAUUCGGUAUUAUCUCAAGCGUAAGGUCUGCGGCAAACCCUUCCGAUUCGAUGCGAUCUCCGACACCGACGUCUACAAGUGCGAGCCUUGGGACCUCCCAGGCAAGUCAAAGUUGAAGACUAGGGAUUUGGAAUGGUACUUUUUCAGUAUUUUGGAUAAAAAAUAUGGGAAUAGUUCGAGGACAAAUCGUGCAACAGAGAGAGGAUAUUGGAAGACGACUGGAAAGGACCGUCCCAUCCUGCACAGGUCACGGACUGUUGGAAUGAAGAAGACCCUUGUUUAUCAUAGUGGUCGGGCUCCACGGGGCGAGAGGACAAAUUGGGUGAUGCAUGAGUACAGAAUCGUUGAUGAGGAAUUGGAGAAAGCUGGAGUCCUUAAGGAUGCAUUUGUGCUUUGCAGAAUAUUUCAAAAGAGUGGUACAGGGCCAAAGAAUGGAGAACGAUAUGGGGCCCCAUUUGUUGAGGAGGAAUGGGAGGACGAUGAGCUGGUUAUGGUACCUGGUCAGCAGUUUGCGGGAGAGCUGGUAGUUGGCGAUGAUGCUUAUCUUGAUGGAACUGACCUUGAGCAGAUUCUAGAUGCAGGUGUCCGAUCACAAGUUGCUCCCUUGCCUGUAAACUUUGAUUAUGGGGAUAAUAGCAACUACAUUGAAGAGGCUACGGAAUUCACUGAUGGUGCUCAAAAUUUCUUGGUGGGUAUGGGUGAAAAUCAUUGUGGUCUAGAACAGCCUGAUGGCCAGAAAUUAUUUGAUUUGCCAGUGCAAUAUGAUGAUAUGGAUGCAAAAACAGUCAAACAUGAAUACAUUGGUGAAUCAAGCAAUACUGUGAAUCCUGAGUUUGUAGAUUAUUUACUAGAUGAACCAUUCUUGGAUACUACCAGUGACCUACCAUUUGAAGGAGAAUUCCUCGAGACUAAUGACCUUUCGAACCCUAUUGGGGCAUAUCCCUCUGGUUUUGACACGACUGAUACAUUCUUUGAUGCGAAUGAUGACAGCUCACAGUAUAUGGCUUUUGAUUGUCAGAAGAUGAUUGGAACUGAGAAUCUUUUAGCUGACCAGGCCCAUCAAAUGGCUAUGACAAGCCAACAGCCCUUAAUGGGACACGAUAGUGAUGUUGCUUCUUCUUCAAAGCAAGAAUUUUCAGAAUUCAAAUCAGAUACUCGGUCUCUGUUCGUCAAGCAGGCCCAUCACUUGUUAGGCAGCAUUUAUGCUCCUCCUGCAUUUGCUUCAGAGUUCCCUACGAAAAAUGCUGCUCUUCUGCAGAAUCAUGCAUCUGAGUCUUCCAGUUCAGUUCAUGUUACUGCUGGAAUGGUUCAUGUUAGAAACACAACUUUGAGUGGCAAUGGGACAGACUGGUCAUUGAGUAAGCAUAGGGGUAUCAGUAUCGCCCUCUCUUUUGGCCUGUCACGAAGUAAUAUGAAUUCUGGCAGUCUGGAACCCAUGGUUGGCGUACACUUGGGGAAGUAUGGAACAGCAAUGUUUCGGGGUUGGUUCUACCUUAUGUUCAUCUGUGUCUUGAUUCUUUCUAUGAGUUUCAAAAUUGGGACCUAUAUCCGCACUGGUAAUGCUUCUUGAAUCAGAAGGCUUGGUAUAACAUAUCCCAAAACAGUACCUGGGUUAAAAAUUCUCGAAGACUUGAUCAAUACUUAACUUAUGAUACUCUUGAUACAUAACUUUGUGCAAGAUUAUUGUCUGUUAUUUAAUUCUAUGCCAAAAUUGAAAUGAUAUAUGUUCUGCAACUAUUUAAAACUGUCUUGUUUGUUUAUAGUUUCUGUCGAGAUUUUGGGUAGGUUGAGUCAUGCAGAUGCAAAUUAUGGGAAUAAACCGUCUGGUGAAGAAGCCAUGACAUGGUUACACAGCUCAAGAUCUCAGUUCUUGAGUAGGAUGAAACUUCAAUUUAGUUUACAUGUAUUGUUUUGAACGGUUGUGGCAUUCUAUUAUCCUAAUUGAUACGGUGGGAUUUCAACAAAAUGUUGAGAAAGGGAAUGUAUAUUGUUAAGAUCAAUGAAUUCUUUAGGUCGUUCAUAUGGGAGAAUAGUGGCAUGCAGGAAUUUUUAUUUUUUUAUUA